AACAGUCGGGCAGCGCGCGCUCUGCCAGUACGCACGCGAACCUGCCGCUGUAAAUGAUGUACAUAAGUUACUGAUAUUUUCGGGAAUCCCAUGAAUGGCCGACAGCAGAACUCGGAGCUGACCGAGCGAGCAGCGAGUGGGGGAGAUGUUUAAACCGACGGCGACCAUCGUCUGAGCUGGAAACACCAAGCGCUGUCUCUCUGCCUCUGACCGAGGCUCGACGACUCCGAUGAGGAUUUGGAAGCCGCUAACACCGCGGCCAGACCGCGACAACAGACAAAAGCAAACGACUCCUCGUGUUUAUAGUCAAAGCUUCUUUUUUCGUUUUGAUUUUAUUGUUUAGUGUGUCUGAAUCAUUUUUAGAUGAAAGGAUCGGAACAAGUGUAAAUAAUUGUAACAUUGUAUAUAGGCAGUAAAAAAUACAAUUUACAGUAUGCAAAGCUAUUGUUUUCAAGUGAAUUCUUCGAAGGACUGACGAGGUACGAGACUGCAAAUGGGUUGACUUGAAGGUAUUCACAAAACAAAUUGAAAAGGAAAAAAAAAGCUCUUCAACUUUCCUAGAUGAUUCAGAAACACCUGACUUAGUGUGUUCACUGAGAGACGUGUGGCUUUSUUAGAUUUAUUUAGACAAAAAUGUAGGAAAAUGAUGAGGAGGCGAAUGAAGACAAAAGCUAUUCUUCAACGGUCGGUCUCUCAUCCUCCUACAUUAGUGUAAGACAGCAAAGGAAAGGAGACAAGAAGRAGUGAGAGAGUUGCCAAAGUGAGCAAGCCUUCACCUGACGCAUUGAAAGGGCAGCUUGACAGACUAAACUGGGUGAAGAAGACACACAAAAAGAGAGAGAGACGGGGACUGACGGUGAAGCCAAGGUUUGGAGGAGGCGGAGGAGGAGGUGGUCUUGUAGGACUGGGAAAGACAAUUCCCCAUGGCUACUGACCCAGGAGAGCCCACWGGCACUGAGGACUCAUCCGAGAAGCCUGAUGGACAAAAGGAGGAGGCCAAAGAGCGGAAGAGCCGGACAGAUCAACAGAAGGAUGGGACACACAGCACCCAUCUGGACUCCCCCUCCUCCAAGGCCCAGAGGGAAAGAGAGACACGAGGAGAUGACGGAGGAAUUAGAAAAGGGGAAAGAGAGGGAGGAGGGGGAGAUGAUGAAAUCUUCCAGGAGAGUGAGGAGACCCCGGUUUUUGUCUCCAAGCCUGUCCUACCUGGUGACACUGGUCAAAAACCACUGAAACGGGAGAAGCGCUUCUUCAGAAAGAGCGUAGAGAUAUGCGAGACAGAUGAUGAGGUUGUGAUGCCCCCCGAGGCUCCUCACAGUGCCCCCCAUCUGGAGCUGCGUUCCACAGAAUCAGGCUUUGGCGCUGCCCAGCAACAAGGGGCUGCUUUUUCCUGCGCAGCUCUGCGGCACGACCCAUCUCAGGGUCACGAUGAGGUCGACAAAGAUGCUUCUUCAUCUGUACCUAGCCCGAGCUUGAGGGAAAGGGAUCGUGAGCAGGAAGAGGAGGCAGAGAUGAAGGCUGUCGCYACAUCUCCUGGAGGAAGGUUCCUCAAGUUUGACAUUGAACUGGGCAGAGGUGCUUUCAAGACUGUGUAUAAAGGCCUGGACACCGAGACCUGGGUGGAGGUCGCUUGGUGUGAACUUCAGGACCGCAAGCUGACCAAGGCGGAGCAACAGCGCUUCAAGGAAGAGGCAGAGAUGUUAAAAGGGCUUCAGCAUCCCAACAUAGUUCGCUUCUAUGAUUCAUGGGAAUCUGCGCUCCGGGGGAAGAAAUGCAUUGUACUGGUCACAGAGCUUAUGACUUCAGGAACACUCAAAACUUACCUGAAGCGGUUUAAGGUGAUGAAACCCAAGGUUCUAAGAAGUUGGUGCAGGCAAAUUCUGAAGGGCCUUCACUUCCUUCACACCAGGACUCCGCCGAUUGUCCAUCGGGAUCUUAAAUGUGACAACAUCUUCAUAACAGGCCCCACAGGAUCAGUCAAGAUAGGUGACCUGGGACUAGCCACUCUAAUGAGGACCUCGUUUGCCAAAAGUGUCAUAGGAACCCCAGAGUUCAUGGCACCAGAGAUGUACGAAGAGCACUAUGAUGAGUCUGUGGAUGUGUAUGCCUUUGGGAUGUGUAUGCUGGAGAUGGCUACUUCAGAAUAUCCCUACUCGGAAUGCCAAAAUGCUGCUCAGAUCUAUCGCAAAGUCACAAGUGGUAUAAAGCCAGCCAGCUUUGAUAAAGUAAAUGAUCCAGAAAUCAAAGAGAUAAUCGAAGGCUGCAUACGUCAGAACAAAAGCCAGAGACUCUCUAUCAGGGACCUCCUGAACCAUGCAUUCUUUGCAGAAGACACAGGGGUCCGAGUAGAGCUGGCAGAGGAAGACACGGGCACACAGGACUGUCUGGCCCUCAGAAUUUGGGUUGAAGAUCCUAAAAAGCUGAAGGGCAAGCACAAGGAUAAUGAGGCCAUCGAGUUCAGCUACGAUCUGGAGAAUGACAGUGCUGAGGAAGUAGCUUUAGAAAUGGUGAAGUCAGGUUUCUUCCAUGAGAGUGAUGCCAAGGUGGUGGGAAAAUCCAUCCGGGAUCGUGUGAAUCUGAUUAAAAAGUCCAGAGAGCGUAGACAGCAGCAACUUCUUCAGCAAGGCCUCGACGAACGCAGAGACUCCACUAUCACCUCCUGCCCAUUGUCUUAUCCCUCCUGCCCUUCCUCACUGAUGCUAGGGGCUAGCGGUCUUACAGGAGUUGGAGAAACAGGAGCUGGAGGAGUAGUUCAGAAGUCUGAGGAGUUGCCUGAAGUAGACCAACAUGUCAGGCAGCGACACAUAUUUAACGCGACAACCCUUUGCUUGCCAGAAGGUGAAAGCCAUGGAUCUGCCAGCUGUGAAUCUUAUGCAAGUGGACAGAGCCAGGCACACUCUCAGCAAGGGGAAUCAUACUCCCACUCGCAGAUUACUCUCCCUCUCAUGGCUAGCACUGCUGCAUUGGCUAAUCCUCAGAUGCUCAAUAUUGGUGAGAGUGGAAGUGGUCCAAAUGUGCCUUUUGGUCAGAGUGUGACCAUGUCCAACAUGCCCAUUAGUAAUAGUGAAGGGGGUCCUGGUGCCCAAACAUUUCUUCAACCCAAUGCCAUGGUUCCACAGGUCUCACCAAGUGUACCUCAGCAAUAUUUUCAGUCACAAACAUUUCCAUCAGAUGCUUUUCAAACUGCCACUCCCCAUGGGUCAGCGGCCCACUCGCAGUCAUUUAUACCCCCUGUUUCCCCACAAGCACCCAUUAAUGUUUUCACUACACCCAUGCCAGUCAGUGAUACUAUUGGACAAGCAGGGACCAUUGUGCCCCACACUCAGCCGAUUCAACACCCUGCUACACCCAUGCAGCUUACUGAUAUCAUUACCCAUGCUGUACCCCCACAAACACAACCUGCCAUGAUCUCACAGCACUCCAUUAUCCCACAACAACAGAAAAGGAUGAAUUCCCAGACCUCUACUGUACAGCAGCAGCCACAACAGCAAACGGAGGCCCAGGUGACUUUUGUUGAACAAGUUGGUGCCAUUCAGCUGCCACCAGGACAGGAUCAACAGAGCCUUUCAGCUGCAGCUAUCCAGAAACAUCAGCUGGAGCCUGAGCAACAGACGUUUGCACGGCAGCCCGUUCAACAUGUCCAACCUGCUUCUCAGCAGCAUGUGAUGACUACACAAACAGGUGUGACAGUACCACAGCAGCCAACAGAGCAGCCUCAGGCUUUGAAACAGCAGUUGUAUGUACAGCAGCAACAAACGGUACUCGUUCAACAACAGCAGCAACCGCCUCAAUACAAACAACUCGUGGAGCAGCAGCAGCAAGGUUCUGUGCAACAAGAGCAAUCCAUACAGGCAUACUUACAACAUACGUUAGAGCAGCAACAACUACAGCAUCUUCCUUUACAGCAACAGCAGCAAAGCCAGUCAUAUCAACAAACUGGACAACACCAAAGUCGAACAAAAUCAGAAGCAGACAUACAACGGCAAAGUGGAGAGCAGCAGCAAACAAAUAUAUUGCAGCUACAACUGCAGCAGACACAUCAGACAAAUGAACAACUGCAACAGCAAAAUGCAACCCAACAGAUGGAGCAACAGCAAUUAAUACAAGAUUUGCAAAAGCAGUUCAUUUUAACACAGACACAGUUACAGCAGAAAGCUCAGCUGCAGCAACAAGCGCAGCACCAAGUGCAGCUCAAGCAGCACAUGGAGCAGCAGCAGCAAGUUCUGUUGCAACAACAGCAUCAGCAACUCUUGUUACAGCAGCAACAAGCAGAUUUAUUACAGCAACAGGCUCAGAUGAAGCACCAAAUUAAAGAACAGCAGCAGCAACAAGCUGUCAUUAUUCAACCUCAAACUGAAAAACAGGAACCUGUACACGUUCCACAAAGCAGUCAUGAGCUGCAGAUUCAGCAGCAAGCUAAUUUACAACAGUUAGGUAACCCACAGCUAAACAUCUGUCAGUUCACCCAGCAGCAGCAACCAGUUGUUGCCCAACAUCAUCACCACAGCUCCAAGUUUGAACCACAUCUUUCUGUUGGUGUUCCAGGUGGCACUGAAACAAUUCAGCACCAAACUCAUGUAACCUCCCCAACCCAGGUCCCAAUGACUAUUCAGACUACACAGGUUCAUCCUCAAAAACAGGAACAGUUCCCAGUCCAGUUAUUAGCUCAGUCAAUAUCCCAAGCUUCUCAGCCUUCUACUGAAACCAGCGUGACUUCCCCAGUAGCAAUGAUCCCGGGACAAAUGCAGCAAAUGCAAGUCUACCAGACCCCACAAGUUCAAUUGCAAGCUAAUUAUCCUGGACCUGUAACUCCCACACAGGGUCAGGUAGCGGUUCAGCCAUUAAUCCAGACUCAUCCUCAACAUGCAGCUGUUCUCCAGGCCCAGCAAAUACCUGGCCACAUCCCAAAAGUUGAUAUUCAAAUGAUAGGCCAACAAAACCAGAGUACAGCUCAAUCCUUAGCUGCCGUUGCUUCAGGUUUUAGUCCCAUACACCAGGAAACUUGUAGUCAGCAAAAUGUUCAAAUUCCAAACCUCAUCCAGUCCAAUCUCCAGCAGGAGGCUCAAGGUCAGCCCCCCUACCAAGUGCAUCCACAGCCCACGGCUGGCUUUUUAAUCCCCCAUUAUGUCCCACAACCUACUCACCAAAGCAUACCGUCCUUGCUGCACGAUAUGCCUCAUAUUUCACAGCAGCAAGUGCAUCAGGAACAAGCACUCCAGUACCAACAGAUUGUUCUGUCUCCAGGGUUGGCUGGGAGUGUUGAAACUAAAACUGGUGGUCUAGCAGUUGACCCUACUCGUCUUCUCACCACUUUUCAUCCUAUGCAAGUUGGACAAGGAGAAGUUUUAAGCCAAACCACAUCCCCUCAAAUUGUUCAGGCCCAACAACAGUCUACAAGAAGCUCUGUUGAUUCCUCUCUCAUUCAGCCCGUGUCUCAGUCUUUGAUGUCUCUGUCUGUAGAGCCUUAUCAGCAGCAACUGCAGAAUUUGUCUCAAGUGCAUCAACCACCUGCCCAACCUUCCAUGCACCCUCAGUUACUGGCCCAGACGGUUCAAAUUCCUACCCCACAACCAUCUCCUGUAAAGCAGGAUUUAGUAAUGCUUGCCAAUGAGGGUCAGCUUCCUCCUCAGUGUCCCACUACUUCACAUGCAGUGAUUCAGCCCUCUGCGCUGAUGGGGGCCAGUAAUGUUGCUGAGGCUCAGUCGCAGAGCAGCACACUGCCUCUUUACGGUCAUCUAAUAGUUGGUGGUCCUCCAUCUCCACAGUCUCAAGCCAAACAGAUGCUGCCAGCUCAUGCACAUACUCUAACAAGCAAUCAAGCUCAAACACACUCCCAAACACAAACACAAGUUCACCCACAAGCUCAUUCUCAAACUCAGACGCACAACGAGUCUGCUGUUCCUGCACAACAAAUGCCCCAUGGCAAUACCUCGUGUCCCUCAGCACCACCACCAUCUCUCCCACCCCAGCAUCCUUCCCCAGCCCCUGCUACAGAGCUUUCUACAUCUCCACCUGUAACCCAGGUCGCCUUAAAGAGGCAGGCCGAAUUCAUUCCCACCUCUCCUGCACCCAUCACUGCACUACAAAUGCUUGACUCUAAUGUCCCCAAACUGCCCCAAGCCUUGCUGCAAGACUGUGACAUUUCUCUACAGGGCGUCAAUCAGGAUGGUCCAUUGCAGAAAAGUGCAGAGUCUUCCUCAGGAUCGCUUCCAGCUAAUGAUGAUGACUCCCUGCAGCUUUCAACAAAUGGAAAAUUAGAAAAAUCAAAGGCUCAGAAAAGAACUUCCAUACUGAGACCUGAGAAGAUUUCACAUCCAUUUCAACUGAGCAUGCUCCAGGUUUCCAGCAAAGGGGACAAUAUGGUAGAAUGCCAGUUAGAAACCCACAGCAAUAAGAUGGUGACAUUCAAGUUUGAUAUUGAAGAAGACGCUGCUGAAGAUAUUGCAGAUUACAUGGUGGAAGAGGACUUUGUUCUCGAUACAGAAAAAGAGAAAUUUGUUGAGGAGCUUAGAGCAAUAGUAAAAAAAGCCCAUGAAAUUCUUCAGACUCAUGCCCAGACUGGAUCAGGUGAUCAGUUAAUUGUGAGCACUCCCACGAGCUCAGUAGACUCGGUGCCCCAGUCUUCUCCAGUGGGACGCUGGCGCUUCUUUAUUAACCAGACCAUACGUCACAGAGACUCCCUGUCCAGCCAGGGGACAGUCACACCCCCACCCACUGCAGAAGCAAGGAUUCCACAAUCUCCUCAACGGGAUAAAGUUACAGAAGAUAAUGGAUCCCAAAGUCUUGAGUCAUUUUCUGCAUUGGUUUCUUCCCCCCACACAACUCUUUCUUCUGCCUCAUCUCCAGUCUCUACUCCCUCAGCCCCUGCUUCCACAGCUCUCCCAGUGUCUGCAGCCACUGGUUCUGAAACCAUCUCUGGACUGUCCUCUGUCCCACUCAUUGGCUUAAGCGGUCUUGAAUUGCCAGUGUCCAGCUUUGCUUCUCCAGACCAGAUUCCCUGUUUUCUUCCAACUGAUUCAGUACCCUCUGUUGCAGACGCCCCCACAUUGUCCACUGCUCCUGCGGUGUCUCCCUCACCUGCCCCCACACUUCCUGGUAACCUCACCACUCCUGUCACCAGUGCUUGCUCCACUGCAGCAGUCGCUCACUUUUCAGAUUCUUUUCAGUCGCCUCCUUUGCUCGGAGUAAUGACUUCUGCUUUGGAGCAGCAACAGACAUUCACCCAAGUGGCCAUUCCAGUCACUUCACAGUCACAGCAGACUCCAACAACUCAACUACAAGCAACACAUUUUGAAAAAGAGAUAAAGCAGACAGCACCCCAACAUCAAGGUGAACAAGAACAAAUGUUACUGCAGCACGAACAACCACCGCUACAGUUUCUGCAGCAGUUACAGCAACAUCAACUAAUGGAAAAACAAAUGCCACUUCACCAACAAUUGACUGAAGUGCAAAUGCUGCCCAUCYCCGGUAAUACAGAGACAUUACACCAGUCUGUGCCAGUACAUCAAUUUCUGCCACAGUUACCUGGGCAGCAGACACAGCCACAGCAACCAUUGCCGUUUGGCCCACAGUUGCCGCAGCAGACUCAGUUUCAGCAGUCAUCACAACAGGUUGUUGCACCUCUAGUUGAUUUAGCGACUCAGCAGCAGGAGCAACUGCAACAACUAAAUCUACMGCAAACAAUACACUUACAACAACAGCAGCUGAUGCAGCUCCAGCAACAGCAGCAUCAGCUGCUAAUGAGUGCUGCAGCUCAAAACCAGUUGUUGUCCUCAUCUGUUAGCCAACAAUUAGUUCAUCAGCAGGCACAAUUGAAUGUCACCUCGAUGCCACAACAGCAGAUUCCACAUCAAAACCAAGUUCCUGCUGAGCUGGUACAGUAUAUGCAGUCACCGAAAGUGUUGCAACACCCUGAACAACAACACGAGAUGGCUAAAGCCAUAGACACACAGCAGAAACAGCAGUUUUCUAUGCAGAAGCAGUCAUCUUUGCAGAUGUCUGAGUCAGAGGUGUCUGCAGGUGAGACAAGUGUCACGGAAGACACCGGCAGCUUUUCGGCCACUUUUCAUCCUUCAUCUGACUCCUCUCUGCCACCUCUCCAUCUUGCUUCUGCUGAAGCCCACUUACCCAACCUUUCCCUCACAAUGACCCCAUCCCCUGCUCAGCCAUCCUCUGUGGCUGAGUCGGACAGCGAGGGCCCCCCCAAAAUGGGAUUUGUGGACAACCGUAUAAAGACUUUAGAUGAAAAGUUGAGGAACUUGUUGUAUCAGGAGUACAGCAGCGGAGCCACACACACUGGAGCUUCCUCCGCACCUGUGUCAGCCACUUCCACAUCAGCUGGGGGUGACGAAUCAUCUGAACCACAGUCACUCCAACACUCAUCUUUUCACCCACCUGCUUCCUCCUCCGACACCUCCCCCCAUUCCUCGUCUUCUACCACCCCCACCACCACGCCCCGUUCCUCUUCCACCUCUCCUGACCCAGAGAGGGGUGAAGUAGGGAAAGAAGCGUCGACAGACUUACCGAACCUUGUGCAGCUGAGCCCAGUGGAGCAGCAACCUGGUCCAUCUCUCCCCUCCACUUCUGCUUCAUCCACUCAGCGUUCUUCUCUCUUCCCACCCAGUCACGAUAGCUGUGCUGGCCCCCAGUGCCCAAAUGUAUCAGGAGAACCUACUGUAUUUGCUGAACCCUCACACUCUGACACCUGCACCACUGGAGAGGCAUCAUGGGCCCCCAAUCAGCACCUGAUCCCCCUUCAUCAAGGACAGCAGCAGCACAAUGCAGGAGGUGGAUAUUUUGGCCUAAACCUGACAUGUCCUAGUAUCAGAAAUCCGGUUAGCAAGAAAUCCUGGACUCGAAAAUUCAAAAACUGGGCAUGCAAACUGCGCCACUCCGCCAGCUUGUUCAAGAAACCCAGAGUCCCACAAGGUGGACAGUCGAUCAGUCAGCCGCUUGAAGAUGAUAAAAAGGAGACCUCGCUGAGUUUAUCUCAGUCACACAAAGGGAGAUUUCAGGUGGCACCAGUGACCCAGACCUCUCCCCCAAAAGAUGCACCAUCAAGCCACGGUAGCACUCACAGGAAAGUGGGACGCUUCUCUGUAACCAAGACAGAGACGAAGAAGGAGGAAAGGCAGACUGACAGUUCACCUGUGUCUCCUGACCUGGAAAGAGGGAGAAGGAGAUCUCAGGUGAAGGAAWGGGAUAAAGAAGAAAGUAGGAGGACGCCGUCUGCGACCCACCUGCCUCGAGGACAUGGACACAGCCACUCACCGCUGGGCAGCAGUGAUGAUGAUGAUGAUGAUCAGAGUGAGUUGGAGGAUGAAGAGCUGAAAAAGGAACUACACAGACUCAGAGAAAAGCACAUCAGAGAGGUGGUUUCCCUUCAGGCCAAACAGAACCGAGAGCUUCAGGAACUUUACAGACAGCUUCGUUCUCUGAAAGACCAAAGACAGAGUCUGCCGGCCUCUUUGUGCCGAACCCCUCCUCUCCAUGCAGCACCUGCUGUCCUCUCUCCUCGCAGGCCAAGGCCAGCCAAAACUAAGCUUCGGCCCAGACCUCACUCUCACAUGGACAACAAUGGAGUUACACGCUCUGGGAUUCAGCAAAGUAGUUUUUCAGGUGGUGAACAGGGUCGACUGUCAGCAUUCUGCAACCYAGAGCUUCGUACUUCAGUGCCUACUAAAAAAGAUCACAGUCCCUCGAGGAAAAGCACAUUCACAGACGAACUGCACAAGCUUGUUGAUAAUUGGGCGAAGGAGAUGGUGGGCCCUGCUCCGACCAAGCCUUCUCUGAAUCAAAUCAAGCAGAUUCAGCAGGUGCAGGGAGGCUGGAGCCAGUCCACGGAGAGCGCGCCACCAGGUUGGUUUCCAGCAGCGCAGCUGAACCCCCAGGCACCUCCGGCCCCUGCAGGUUUGACAGUGGCAGCCUCCUCUCAUUACACAGGGGGAGGGAACCUGACAACCCUCCCCUCCCCAGGACCCCCGCCUCCACAAACUCACAUGGCCCAAGUGCCACAGAUGCAGCAAAGUCUACACCUCCAUCAGUCUGCCCCCCUCCAGCAGAAGCCCUAUCAACAGUCYCCUUUGUGCCAGCAGCUGUCACACCCUCGGAUGCAGACGCCCUUACAUUCACAGACACAGCCCGCCAUUCUGCUGCCCCAGUCAGCAACACAAAGCCAACUGCUGCUGCCUUCCCAAAUGCCCUCAUCGCCCGUGUCCACAGCUGUGUCUCUGCUGCAGGGCAGUGGCUCCSCUGGACCCACUGAUAGCACUGCAGCUGUUGGAGCUGUGUUUUGCUCCCCGUCUUCUCCCUCAACUACCUGUUCCUCAUCUUGCUCAACGGCUGCUCUACCUUCCAGUGCCAAAAUUCACCCAGCACCCCCCACUUCUGCUCUUCCCCUGGGACAGAAAUGAAGCCUGGUGAAAUGUGAGGUCAAAAUGAAGAUGGACGUGCUGAGUGAGUGUUAGUUGUGGUAGUCGUGUGUGUUUGGGGAAAUCGUGACUGGAUUGAAGUUAAGGGUCCUGGCUUGCUUCGGAAGGAGAUGGGGAAAUGAUUGUGAAAGACUAAAAAUCCAUUYAAGGAUGUACAGACAGCAAAGUGGCUGGAGUUAUGGAUGUCUGGRUGUUGGGAUGUAUAAAGUCAUUAAUGUAUGAGUGCGUAUGACUGUGCGUUUGUGGAAUAUCUGAUAACAUAUCACUURGGUCCUUGGAUGCAAACGGCCACUUCUGUUUCUGUUUGCAAACCAACUCUGCUGGACCCUGAAGUCUCCCGAAGCAGAGACAGGAAGGACCAAAUCAAGCAGGUUCAGCAAGUGCAGUGAGGCUUGAGAAUGGAAAACAGAUUUCACUGUGCUAGGAUUUUGYGUUUAAAUUGCCAAUGCUAACAGUGAAAGGACUAUCAAAUUUAAAAGUGCAAUUAGUGAUGGUCGUUUAAAUUGACCAGCAUGUAUUGUAUUGAUUUGUCUAAAGGAAAAAAAAAGCUUCAAACAUUUUUGCAGGGGCACAUAAUGAUUAUUAGACGUAUAGAGGAAUUUUUAAAUCUUUUAAAACUUGAGACUUGCAGCACAACAUAACACAGUGGCCAAUAAAAAAAAAAGAAUUAAACAGCACGUUACACGGUUGAGCAUGAUAAACUUAUCUGGCUGCCCUUAUUUCCAGAGUACAAUGAAAGCCUUCUGCAGUGUUUCCAAAUAGUACAGCAUGUCUUUUGUACUGUUUUUUUUUUUUUUUUUUUUUUUUUGUGUUUGUUGGAGAAAACUGUCCAAAUUAACAUAAAUUCAUUACGUGAAGAUCAACAAAAGGCAGCGUCUGUAGUUGGGUUGAACACUGUCAGCCCAAGACUGCAUGACCUUAUAACCAAUCUGACUUUUCGGAGCGCAAACUGCAUCUACCUGCUGUGAGUUCAUCAGUCUUGUUGGGUAUUCCCAGCCUAAAGAUAUAAUCAUUUCUGGGUAAAUUUGCUUUCACGUUUGACAUCUUUUGUUUUCAGUUUGAAACGCUGCAUAUCAAAUUAUCCUGCUGAAGUGGGAGAUAAAAAAAAGGAAAAGAAAAAGAACUGCCAUGUUAUUUUUGGWCAGGGAAACCAAACUGCAUAGGGUAUUUCCAUGUUGCCUUUAUAAUUCUUGCUUUGUUGUGGGUGUGUGGUUGUAUGUUUUAUGUAAGCUUUGAGUCUCACGGUAUGUUUCAUUAAGAUUUGCAUCCUUUUUCUUUUACUCAAAGCAGCCUCUCAGAUGUCACUGUACUCAAGUAAAAAUGUUUACUCUGCCUGUGUUCCAGGCUUUGCUUCCUUGUGUAACAAAAAAACAAAACAAAACCUGAGACGUUUGACCAUAAAGGUUGUAAGUUURAUGUUUAGCACUGUUGUGAAGUUCUCCCAUGUCAGCUGUAAGCUUUGUUUGGCAUUUCUUGUUUAUAUUGGGAACUAUUUAGUCWUUAACAUCAGGCUUUUAGUGUGACUGCAUCAUUCAAAAGCUAAAAUGUGGGCCAUAGGUGUGUGUUCUGUGCACGUUACUAAAAAUUUCAUUUAUGUCUAACCUUUAUUUACACACAAAGAUAUGCAUGAUAAUAUAUCUGCAGCUGAUGUAUUAUCAUCCAACGUGUUAGCUUUAUUUUAAACUUAGCCAUGCACAUUUGACAGGUGAUGGUUAGGCAUUAAUACAUUUUCAGUGUAACAAGUGGCCUGUAGUCAAAGCAGCCUGUAUGUUUUAAUGGUUAUAGAAAGAGUGUGUGGCUCAUAACGCAGGAGAUUGCACAGAAUAAGAAAACAAAACUGYUAAACACGAUGAGUCAAAGAGAAAUUGAACACAACUGGUUUGGGACGGUUAGUUCAUACUAAAAGGUGUGGUUGAGAAACUGCAUAAUGAUUUUUAAAGUUUCCUUUUCAUUUGUUGCUUUUCAACGCUUCCUACAUUUUCAGAGACGUAGUUCAUUAACAGUGAAGGUGAGAUACUGUGUUGUCAUGUCUGAUACUAACGUGUUUAACAAGCUGUAGCUUGAUGAUCAUAUUUAUGAAGCUGGCUUUGUCCUUUUUGAGUGUUACCAAAAUGUGAUUUAAAAGAUAAAGAUUAUUUUUGUAUUUUGGAA